GAAAGUGAUGAACAAGCCUGGAAGAGGUGUUUUCGCUGCGGUUUUGAUAUUUUAUGGGUAUGUUUCCUUUCUUGUCUCUAUUAUAUCCCAUGUAACUUCAUGACAAAACCGUAUAAUUCUGCAUUCAACCUUCCAUUGCUUCUUGAUACAUGGUUGUGUGUGCUUUUUGGCGCUCUCACCUGGCAUGUGACGUGUUUUGCUUUGCAGCUUGGUAUUCGUUUAUUGUGCGAUUAUUUUUGUGCUAUUUAGUGCACUGCAAGUGACCAUGUACAAGGUAUAUCUUUUGGUGAACCCUUUGCAAUCCUUUGACAAUUUUUGACCCUUAUACGCACUUGUAUGCGAAAUGUUGCUGUGAUCUUUGAGACAAUUUGUUGCACAAGAUGCACCACGUUUGAGCGAAGUGGUCAUGAGGACAUUUUUGUUUUUGGACAGCCCUAUCAGAGUUUGACCUUUCUUCAGUUUGCAUUUUGUGGAUCACCUUUAAAUGUCAGUGCCAAUACAUUAUCAAGGUUUUUUUUGUCAAAAUUAUAAAUGUCAUAACCAUCUGAUCUAUUUUUUUUUCAAUAGUUUGGAAACAAAGUGGGGGAAGGUCAAUUUCGAGGAAAGGCUGUGCCCACCUACGUUUAUCCAGAGUGCAUCAAGUCAUCGAUAAGCGCUAUGAUAUCGUAA